GGAGGUGGAUAUUUGAAAUUUAUUGGAAAAACUGGGGUUUUCUUUUUCCUUCCAUUUUAUUUGUAUAGAUUUUGAAUGAAACAUGAAUUAUUUAUUUAGAUAUCUAAUCCACCUGUGUCUGUUGAAGAUCGCUUCACUUAGUGCAGUUGUAGAUCCUAAACUUUCUCGAAUAUGGGGCCCUGGUUUAUAUGGUGACAAAAUUGUGAUGCCAGCUAGAUAUUUCUUUGUAGAAUUAGUAGAUCAAAGCAAUAAUAGUAUAAGACAAAAUUAUAAGCUGAUCAAUGUAGUAAUAGAUGGUUCAACAAAAACCAAGAAACCAUGUAGACUAUAUACAAACAUUCUAGAUAGAAAAGAUGGUUCAUUUAUAGUUCGAUAUAAACUAUAUGAAACUUGUUCCUACCUAAAAAUCAAUGUAGGGUAUGAAAAUGAUCUCUUAGCUGAUUCUCCUUAUAUUAUUAAUAAUGAUGUGCAUAUAGAUGAGUGCUUGUGCCCUAAAAAAGAUGUUGAUUCUUUCCUGGAACAGUGGGAUUGUGGGGCAGUUCCUCCACUCAUUACACACAGAUUGAAAGAAUUUGGUCAAAUAAAUUGGGAAACUCAAAGAGAACAAUUGAUUAAGCAGUUUGAUAAACCACACUCAGUAAGUUUAUGCCAUUACAUUGUGAAGAACAACCAGAUUCACAGAAAAUGUUAUGGUAAAUAUGUUGGGUUCAACAUGUUUGUUGAUAAUAUACUGUUAUCCUUGUCAAGAAAAGUUGUUUUGCCAGACACAGAAUUUUUUGCUAAUCUUGGGGAUUGGCCCCUAUCCACACAUGGUAUGCAUGAAAAGUAUCCAAUUUUUUCUUGGUGUGGGAGCACUGAUAGCUAUGAUAUCAUAAUGCCCACCUAUGAUAUUACUGAAUCUGCAUUAGAAAAUAUGGGAAGAGUAACCCUUGAUAUUCUUUCUGUGCAAGGAAAUGUGGAGGGAACUUGGGAAAAUAGGGCACCCAAAUUAUUCUGGAGAGGAAGAGAUUCAAAUAAAUAUCGCCUAGAGCUUAUCAAGCUAUCAAGGAAGUAUCCUGAUUUGUUCAAUGUUUCACUCACAAACUUUUUCUUCUAUAGAGAUGAGGAAGACAUUUAUGGACCAAAGAGUGAACAUGUAUCUUUCUUCAGCUUUUUUGAUUAUAAAUAUCAGUUGGGAAUAGAUGGGACAGUAGCCCCGUACAGAAUGCCAUAUCUACUAGCAGGUGGUUCACUUGUAUUCAAGCCUGAAUCUAAGUAUUUUGAACAUUUUUACAAAGACUUGCAGCCAAAUGUUCACUAUGUGCCAGUGAAAGAAGAUAUUUCAGAUUUGGUGGAGAAGAUCCAGUGGGCAAUUGAAAAUGAUGAAGAAGCCAGGAAAAUUGCAAUGAAUGGGCAGAAGUUUGUCAACAGAAAUUUGUUACCAAAAGAUAUAAUAUGCUAUCAUGUCCAUCUUCUCAAUGAAUUUAGUAAAGUCAUAACUAGUGCUGUAAAUGAUUUCAAAGACAUGGAAACAAUUCCUCAGAAGAAAGUGAUGGACUGUGAUUGUUCAGAUGGAAUAAAAGAUGAGUUAUGAAUCAUGAAAACAUGUACCAAUGACAGUAUAUUUUAAUGAAUCUCAAUUCUUAUAAAGUCUAAAUAAAUAUUCACAAAUUG